AUGGCUAGUAAUACGCCGCGUCCAUUGUCAGAGCUGAGCCCUAUGGCUCAGCGACGAAAUUCGCCAAGUUGGAACAAGACAAAUAAGUUUACACUGGGAUCGUCUCCAUUUGAUUCAUCACCUUUCAAUAAUUCAACUUCCAAGCGACUCUUCUGGCAAGAUCGCGAAUCAUCCUUCGCUUCUCUGAAUUCAGAAAACGCGAAGCCUUAUGACCCAGAAGUGCCCUACUCUCCAACCAAGAGAGCGUCAAUAGAGAAUCUUAAGCGCGCUUCUCGCGUCAAGAACAGCAGUUUGAUCGCUCGUGAACAGAACACGGAAUAUGACCCAUCUCAUAUCUCUGUUCCCGAGCGCCCAUUGGCGACAGGCCGUUCAUUCCACAGCCGUAGCCAAAGCGAUGUGCAGUCACCACGUCGACCUGCGGAGGGUCAAGAGUCUCCAAAUCACCGACCACUUUCACCAAGCAAGGAUCAACCAUCUCCACCAAAGUCGAGUUUAUCAAAGGCUACUCGAUUUGGUCAUAAGCUCUUCGACCCCGAGUCUGACAUCUGGUCAGAUAUAGAUGGUGGUCCUUCACGUUUCUCUGACAGAAACCCUAAGAGUGUCACCUUUGACGCCGCCCCACCUCAAGUCAAUGAAUAUGAAAUGACCACGCCUGAUAUUUCUUCGCUUGCGGAAUCGCGCGAGGGAAGUUAUGAAUUUGAUGAGGAUGAAAUUGAUACCAGCUUUGAUAGAGGUUCAUCUCUCGAUCGUGACGAUAGUUUCGAUGCUUCCCUGGAAGACAUCGAGAAAACCCCAGUUGUUCUACCUGAGGACUGGCGAUUCAUGAGCCCUGAUUCGGCCAAUGAUGACUUGGUGAGCGGCGAUGAAGACCCCUUCACUGAUGACCACGGGAGCCCAACUCCUGAUGUUCAUCCUGCGACGAAUUAUGAUGCCUCUGGUCAUUCUCGUAUAGACUCGCUCGACUCUAACGGCGAAAAGCGUCCUCUUCCGCCUUUGCCUUCCGCCCGAUCUCAUGAUCAGUCAGCUCGCACGAAUAGUCCUGAUAAAUUGUCCGCAGUGUUUGAGCGAGUCACUAGUGGGCAGCGUGGGCUGCCUUCACCUCCUGGCCCAGCUUCCUAUUCAAAAGAUGAUAUAGUCGGAUCUGGACGCCCAUCGAUGAAUCUAGAAGACAGGCUACGACUUAUGAUGCUACAAGAGCGAGACGAUAACGACCAACAACAAGAACUUGAACAACAGAAGGAACGUCGCAUGAGGAGAGCUGGCGCACGCGAAAAGAGUGUUGAAAGCGAGUACGAGGAUAGCCAACCAUCCAUGGCAAGCCAGGUUGACACUCCACCACGUAUCUCUCGAGAGGAUAUUCUCCGAAACUUGAAGUCAAGAGAGGAGUUGACUUAUGACGAUGAAGACGAUAAUGAUGAUGAAGGCUAUGAAUAUUCCUCGCAGAUAAAUUCCAGCCCACCUCAGCAUAUGGAAUAUGAUCCAGAUGUCCCCAUACCUUCUCUCGAGGACCACCUGGACGAUGGCGAUGUCCAAAUCAAAGACGAGCCUUUGAGCGACGAUGAUGGCGACGUCUAUAAUAUUCCAGAGUACUUUGGACCUAAUGCACACGGAUUACCUCUUCCUUCAGACGAAGACAGACUUCGAGAUGAUGCAGAUGACGAGAGCAACUACUCCCGCAACUCAGGAGCCACCAUCAAACAAGAACGAGAGUUCUCGGCAGAGACAAGCGAGACCGACGCCACGACAGUCAACAUUCAGGAAACGGAAGAAGUCAAGCAGACUGUUGAAUACGGCGAAGCACGAAACACCGGAGCUGGGUCGUCAAAUGGGUUUGAACACCUGGACUUUGGAUUGGAAAAGAUCCCUGAGCCACUGCAACGUCCAAGCACCCCAGAAAUGCAGAUGGCUGAAAUGGCUGAUGAACCAUCCACUCCUGAUUCGGUGAUUAGACAUCCAGUUGACGAAGAAUCUGGGGACGAACAAUCUGAUUAUGAAUCGACUCCGGAGCCUGUACCGGACCUUGUUGCAACCAUCAAAGCCCCUGGUACUGGCCUAAAAACUCGACCUUCACUGACACCCGCUGAUAUACAGUCAAUGGCCGCUGUUCGCCGCAAAGUUAGCGUUCAGAGCACAACCAUACCGGUUCCUGAAGCAGCCACUGAGGACACACAGGAAGACGCUAACGAGCAGGAACCAUCCACCGAUGAGCAGUCGAUUGAAAACCCUCCAUCUCUGGCAGUCCCGGAAGUAAGCCAGCGCCAGAGCAGCCUGGUGAAACUUGACAUCCCAUUUACUGGUACCGAAGAAAGCCUUGAAUUUGGAUUGGAUAAGGAAUUUGACCGAGUUAUUGAGGCCCAAAAGGUUGCGUUUGAACUUGCUCUUUCUAAAUUAGCUUCUACAUCAUCAACAACCCCCAACCCACAAGGAAACACAGACACGUACCCAUCAGGACACAUUGGAGAAUUGGACUCUUUCCCAAUUGGCAUUUCUUUUGCUAACAAGUCUUCCUUUCGACAGAGAGGCUACCUCAUGCGUCAAAAUACCAAGGUCAUCAUUGCUACUAGCAGCACCAAUGACGAACCUCAGACUGCCCCCAACGACACCGCCUCGAAGACUGCAGACGGUAAACCGACUAGCACCCCUCGCAAAGCUAGCCAACCCACAUGGACGGCCGAACCUUGGAAUGGUAAGACUCGGCGUCAGAGCGCGAAGGGUCUCGGUGUCAUCAAAAGAAAAAACGUUCCAGGCGCAGUUCCACCUCUACCAGGCACGCAGAGCAACGUUCAGGAUGUUCAACAAAGCAUUGACGAAGCGGAGACUGAGCACCUGGAUGAUGAUCAAGAACGAGGGAGACUGUUUGUCAAGGUUGUUGGUGUCCGAGAUUUAGACAUGCCCUUACCGAAGGGUGAAAAACUCCAAUUCUCGCUUACACUGGAUAAUGGCCUGCAUUGUGUCACGACGUCAUGGCUUGAGCUUGGAAGAAGCGCGCCAAUUGGCCAGGAAUUUGAGCUUAUUGUUCACAAAGAUCUGGAAUUUCAACUGACAUUACAAAUGAAGACGGAAGGCACUCUCUUGAAGCAAACUCGGCAAUCAGUCGUCUCCUCUAUCUCUAGUCCUUCGAAGCAAAAGACUUCGGCUUUCAGCCGCGUUUUUGCGUCCCCGAAGAAGCGCAAAGAAAUGGAGAUGAAACAGCAAUUGGAGCAACAAGAGAAGCAGCGACAGGAGGCGAAGGCCAACGCUGGUCCGUGGGAAAAACUUCGCUCCGUGGUUGAUCGCGAUGGUAGCUUUGCUCGCGCCUAUGUUGCUCUGUCGGAUCACGAGAAGUAUGCUUUUGGUCGUCCUUAUGUUGUUCGAGUUCCAUGCUUCAAUGAAUGGGCUACUGAGGAGCCAUCAAGUGUCAAGAGCAAGAAGAGCAGCACCCUCAACAUUGUGCAAAAGCGACCUCCCUAUAAGAUCGGUAACCUUGAGCUUCAACUUCUAUUUGUUCCCCUACCGAAAGGUGCCAAGGAAGAAGACAUGCCGAAGAGUAUGAAUGCUUGCAUUCGGGAGAUGCGUGAAGCGGAAAAUACUGCUUCUCGUACGUAUGAAGGGUACCUAUCCCAACAGGGAGGGGAUUGUCCUUUCUGGAGACGACGAUUCUUCCGGUUGAGAGGUUCUAAGUUGACUUCUUACCACGAAACGACUCGGCAAGCACGUGCUACAAUCAACUUGGCCAAAGCUGUCAAGCUCAUCGAUGACAGAUCGACUCUCACCCAGAAGGAGACCAGUACACGAGGAGGUGGACGACGCAAGUCAGGCUUUUCAGAAGAAGAAGAGGGGUACAUGUUUGUGGAAGAGGGUUUCCGUAUCCGAUUCGGCAAUGGCGAGGUGAUUGACUUCUAUGCUGAUAGCCGUCCCGAGAAAGAGGGAUGGUUGAAUGUGCUCUCAGAGACGGUUGGCAAGGGCCAUGGUGCUGGUAGUGGUCAAAUCAAAGCUUGGACAGAGCUUGUCCUCAAGUAUGAGCAGGCUCUGAAUGCGAAACGCGAAGCACUUGACCGGUUGAUGGGUCCUAAUGGACAACAAUCACAACCUUCUCAACCCUCGCAAUCUUCCCAACCGAAGCAGCAGGCACCUCCACCAGCACGCCCUCGACACCAACACAAUCUGUCCCAGCCUGAAGUGCGCUCUCCUGAUAACCGACGCGAAAAGACCCGGUCUCUCAUAUUCUAA